GAAAGGAAGAAAGUAAUNCUCGUGAAGACAUUCUUACCGUUCUGGCCAAUGUCGGUACCAUUCUGAUCAGAGCAACACAGUCCAGCGACACCGGUACCGCGUACCUGAGCGAUAUAACCCUUGACACGGCAGUCGACCAGUACACAGGAAAACCAAGAGCAAGCAGCGUGGAAGUAUGUAGAUGCCCGCCAGGGUACAGAGGAUCGUCUUGCGAAGCUUGCGCUUCGGGAUACUACAAAGAUCUCUACAUCGACCAGAGCAGACCACUUGGAUCCUGUUCCAGGUGUCCGUGCAACAACAGAGAGGAGAGUUGCGAAACUGGACCGGAUCAGAGAGUGAUUUGCCACUGCAAGCCAGAUUAUUAUGGAAAUCAGUGCGAAUAUGGACCUGAUAUUUCAACAACCACUACUGAAGGUCCAAUCACUACCACCAAUUCUCCUGUAUCGACCAUAGAAGUUAGUAUCAAGGUGCCCACUAUAGGAAUUUACGAAGUUGGUAGCACCGUCAGAUACAACUGUUCAGCUAGAUCCCGUGUUUCCUCAAGGACCGAAAUUAUUUGGAAGAAGGCGGAAGGUGAUCUACCAUCUCGAGCAAUUGAUAACGGAAGAGGAAUCCUGGUAAUAACCAAUCUUCGAGUAUCAGAUUCUGGUCGUUAUAUAUGCGAGGCUAGUGAUGGAUAUUCUAUUGUCACCUCCAGCGUGGACCUCAAUGUUGGAGAACGUCAAGAUCAAGCACCUACAAUUGCUCUCUCCCAAUCUCGAAUUGAUGUGAAUGAAAGCCAACCUGUCAGUUUACAAAUUGCUGCUACCGGAGUUCCAGUUCCAGACAUCAGUAUAGUUCGACCAGACGGACAGCGAAUAAA